GGGAACAGUCAUUGUUCAAUAAGCUUGAGUGCCGUAACCAUGUGGGGAACUGCGAUAACUAUUGUUUUGUUUUCAUUUGCUCCUUUUGUUCUGACGAAAGAUGCCAAACCAGCAAAGAACUACACAAUAUGUUUAAAUUCAACUGAAGUGCUUAAAAAGAGUAAUGCAACAAACACUUGUUUCAAAAAUAUCGUCAACAAACAUUUGGACAGUUCGUACGCUGGAGAUUGUACCAUUCCCAAAUUGGAGGAGGAUAUUAAUGCACAUCGGAAUGCAUUGAAUGCUACAUGUGGGCUUAAUUUUCUUAGACUAAAUGUAACGAAUUUGAUGAAGUAUAUUGAGUUCAGUUUGAGCAACCAAACUUUUAAAGAAUUUUACGGUGACGUCAACUGUGUAAAAACAUUAGAAAAAAAUAUAACUGCUUGUGUAAAAGAUAAUGUUGGAUAUACCACUAUAUCUAAGGAGAGAAAACACUCCGGUUGGUACAAAAAAAUGGACUUGGCAUAUGCUCAAAGGAAUUGUGAAAAUAGUAAUCGGGUAAAAGAAUGCGUAUUGAAUGUUCUGAGCACAUGUAAGCCGAGCACAAGCAAGUAUAUCUCUUCAUUAUUUGACUACGCACACAGCAAAUGUUCCAACCUCACAAAUUUAGAGUCUCAUGACCCCAUCGUCUCACCACCGUCAUCACAUCAAACAAUUAUUAUUGUUUCAAGUCUACUCGGAAUCGUCAUUUUGUCUAUCGUGGGUGUUCUGAUCUGGUUAAAGAUAAAAAAAUAACCCUCUUGCUUAUACCUAAGUACAACCUACAAUAAGUUAACUUAAGUACCUAUGUUAUUAAAUUAAAUAUCACUUAACUUAGGCCUUCUUUAUCAUAACUGAUUUUUAAACCAAUAUUUUAAUAACCAUUUAACUAUUUAGGUAUUAUUUAGAUACACACAUUUAUAAAACGUAACAUUAUGUUCGACUGGUGUCAAUAGUUUAUAUUGAUCUAUGUACCUACCUAUAUAAAAAAAUACCUACACUGUUAGAGCGAGGCCACAUUUGUCCAUUGCGUUGCGUUGCUUCCAUUUAUUUUUUGCCAUGCAUGCCCUAUUACACCGUUGCGAGAUCGUGACGCAAGCAGCGCAGUGGACAAACGGGACCUCGCUCUUAGAGCAAAAUUAAUCCAAGUAUCUACUUUGACUAUGAACCACUUAACUCGGAACAACGAGUUGGUACCUAACUAUAUA